CUGUCGAGGAUGGCUUUGCAGACUCUGGGUCGCCGUUAUACGCUAGUUACUCACGGUUACAGUUUUAUUAUUUUUUUAGCACAAGCAUGUGCGUCUUGUUACCACUCCUCAUAUAAUUAAAAAGAAGAACUGGAGCAAAAACAACCAGUUCUGCAUAGUAGUAUUCAAGUAUUAUUAUAAUAUACCUCCUACUCUAGUGAUCUUAUUAUAUGAACGGGAGCUGAUAAUUCGUUACCGUUAAAUAGGCGAACAAUAAUCAUAUUUUUGUUAUCUGCUGGACUGGUUUCACAAGGACGCAACCACGAGCUCUGCACAGUUCCAAAUGGACCACACUGGGGAGGCCUGAUGACGUCUGCUCCUGGCUGAAGUCUUUGUGCCUUUGUGAAUCAAAAGUGCUACGUUUGCAGUCUUACAGUAUCACCGAGAUGCCAUGGAAGUGGCAGAUUAAAAUGUGCCUUUUCUAAUCCUCUGUGAUACCACCUGCAUGCUAGACCAUGAGAGUCUUGGAUUUAUGACUUUAAAGAGAACAAAGAAAUAAAUACGACCAAAUCAAAUGGAGGAUCUGUAUAAGGAUGAUCAGGCUGGCGUGCCUCUGGAUAUGACCACUCCCCAAACAGCGCUCGCUACAUCAGGAGGCGGAGGAGUAGGUGGCAAUGGAAAACUUGAGAAUGGCAUGACCCAGCUGAUUACUGCAGAAGCAUGGAACAUUAACCCAACAGGCCUAAUGAAAAAGGCCUUAUCGCCGCUGGUGGCAGUCCCUGCCCCUCCUAUGGUGACACCUCCAGCCGAGUCAUCUGGGGGAGUAGCUUUGAAAGUAGCCGCUACUGUCCUCCAGCCCAUCUGUCUUGGUGAUAGUCCAGUGAUGUUGCCCAUUCACUUGCAGGCAGCAGGCAGCACAGCACCUCAGAUCAGCCCUUCUGGAAACACUUCCUACAUUAUGACUAACCAGGGGCCAGUGCCUCUUCCAAUAGUGUUAGAGCAACAUAUGUUUCAGCAUCUGAACUCUCCAGUACUGCCUCAAGGUGUUCCUUGUCCUACAAUAUCCUUGCAAAACAAUGUUUUGUGCCAGAACUCUUCAGUCUCUUUUGGCCAGCCGCCUUCACUGGACCAGAAACCCUCUAAUCAAACGCAGGAUCCUGGUAUCCUUCCUUUAUUCCAAAAUCCAGGUUUUACAACCAUUCUUCAGGAUCUGUUUCCCCCCCAAAACAACUUGGGUCCAUCCACUUGUCCUUCCACAAACUCUGCGCCUGCCGACAAUUUUUCUUCAAAUUUUUUCACACCUCCAAUUCCUCAAGCCUACAGCUCACCUUUAUCUCCCUUAGUUCCUCCUGCCAUUCUCCUUGUUCCUUAUCCUGUUAUUGUCCCUCUUCCAGUCCCAGUACCCAUUCCAAUACCUGUCCCUAUCCCUGUCCCUCAGUGCUCAGACUCUAAAGUUUUUUCAGACUCGCACAAACCUACUUGCACUACAAACAAAAGCACCCAGACUGGAGUCAAGGAAGCUCUAAGCCCCCAACAUCAGCCCUAUAGAGACGUCUCCAUGCAAGCGAGUCAAAUAACAGCUCCUCCUACUACCGAUGGGGAGGUCCUAGAUCUUUCCUUCAAAACCCUGACUUUACCAACAAAGCAAGAGUUACCAUUCCAACAGGACAGCAUCUUGGAUUUGUCUGUGAGCAGUGUCAGGAAACGCAGUUUCCCUGUCACUCAUUGUGAUAAUGCUAAGGACCCAUCACGAGGUCUUCCUGUGGAACGCCCGACUUGCUCUGGAGAAGAAUCUUCAAGUUCUGCCUUAUCCUUAGAUGUCCUAAGACCAACAGAGAGCUCACAGAAAAUGGAUUCCAAAUUGCUUAAUGGGUUAGCGUCUGUUGAAUUCAGCCGACAGCAUAAAUGGGUUGUUGACCCCAAUAGUAACAGGCCAGGAUGCGAUCCCAAGUGUGGUGGAAACAACAUUGAGAUUGUGAGCACCUCGCAGACAGCCAAAGUCAUUGUGUCUGUGAAAGAUGCUGUCCCUGCUAUUUUCUGCGGAAAAAUUAAGGGUCUCUCUGGGGUUUCCACGAAAAACUUUUCUUUCAAAAGGGAUAGCAUACAAGAAUCUAUGCUGCAGCAGUGUUACGAUGUGAAGGGUCAGGCAGAGCAACGGGACAGCAGUGACAUGCUAAAAAAGCCUCUGAAAAGCAGAAGUGUCAAAUUAAAGAAGGUGAACUCCCAAGAAAUUCAUAUCCUUCCCAUCAAAAAGCAGCGACUAGCUGCAUUCUUUCCCAGAAAGUGACAUUUGCAUGUCAACAAGAUUACUUAUAUAUUGCUAUAGAAUUAAUCUUUUAUAGUGACAAACUUUUUUAGCACAUGAAAGGGAAAAGAAUUUUGAAAAAAUGUUUGUUGCCUAACUAGAAGAGGCACUGUUGAAACAAAAUAAUUAUUUAAGAUAAUAUACAGUAUAAUAUACUUAGUGAACCAUCAAGUUUUAUGGGUUUUU